AUGAUUCAACUGAUGUCUUCGCUGGGACAUUUCUGGUUGCUUGAACAUCCGGAAGAUCUGGGUCGCCUGCCCAAUGGCGAUGACCCAGCUAGCAUUUGGCAAUGGCCUCAGAUCCGGACUGCAGUGGGCGACGCCCCUUGUUGGGGCCUCCGCCAGUGCGAUUACUCCGCCGAUACUCCAAAACCUACUCGCUUGGCUUCGAAUCUGCCUGGGGCUCGAGUCUUUGGGUCUUCCUGGCCCUCCUUUCAGGAAGAUGGGACAUAUGCAGGGCCCAUCCUUCGUUGUGAUCACCAUCACGGACCAGGGGCUCGUUGGUCAUCGGGCCAGUGGCGCACUGCCGGUACUGAAGCUUACCCAUCCCCGCUUUGUGCCUUUCUUGCUGACCUGAUUGCCUCGGCACUUUCUGCUUCCUUUAGCACGGAUGGUCCGGAACAGCAUGCUGCUGAACAGUUUGCUAAGUUUCUCUUGCAGCAGGACAGGCCCCCUGCUCCACACGAUGCCGAAGCACUGAUCACCCUCUUGCCACUGGAGGCCCCGCAUGUCAGUGCUCAGACUGCGGCUGGGCAAGCCUUCUUUGGCGGGGCAUACUGCAAAGGGGGAGUUGUUGGCCUUCGUAGGUCCUGCCGCGAAUUCCCGGCCACCCUUCGGGUCCUGUGCACUUUGCUCCGCCAUGCUUUUCCAGGCCAGAUCUUCUCUUCUGUUGCGGUCUUUGUGGAUGCAGCCACACAGAUGCCUCGGGAUUCACAUAAUGCACCCUAUCCAAAUCUUCUGCUAGCACUUUCGACGUUCUCCAAUGGCCAGGUGUGGCAGCAGGAUCAGAAUGGGGAUGUCUGGCGCACGGUGCAUGGGACUCCGUGUCCGGGGGUCCUCUUGGAUGUCGCUCGGGCACCACAGCUUCUUCGAGCUUGGGAGUCUCGGGUGGUGCUCGUUGGCUACUGCGUCCGCCAACUGCCGGCUCUUGACGUGAGCUCGCUGUCCUUGCUUUCGCACUUGGGCUUUCUGCUCCCGCCGUCAGUCACUGCUGGCGUUGCCCGGGGUGAUACAGCAGAGACCUUAGCGGAGCCCUCGGGUCCUGUCGCCGAUGCUGGGACACCCCUUGCAUCUGAUAAGGAAAGGGCGACUGGACCUCAUAACGGUGCCCCGGUGGCUCGUCCUGCUCCCGAGUGGCAGCAUGCUGAGCGGGUGCAAAGGGCGAUCCGGAACUUUGUGCUAGAGGAGGUUGGUGACUUGCGCAAGGCUGCUUUGCAACUGGCUGUCGGAAGGAUGAAGUCGUCCCCCUUUAGUGAACAGGGCGUGCAGCGUUUGAGGCAGCAGGUUGCAAGCAUGCUGCCAGACCCGGAUCUGGCUUUGCAGGUCCCAGAGCGCCAGCCUUUCUUGUUGCACUUGUUGUCGCAGUCCUUGAAGUUGCUGGGUGAUCCAGAUUGGGCAUGCCUCUCUCAAGGGGAGGAGUGCUUUGCGAUGGGCGUGCCACUGGGUGACGAGGUUCCUUUGCCGCGUACGCCGCAGGUGUACCGGGAACGUGUGAAGGAGCGGACCUUGGAUGUCACCCCCUUUCAGCAAAUCAUGAAUAACUAUGAGUCUGCGGAGCUUUCAGCCGAUAAGCUUGAAGAACAUUUUGCUGCGGAGGAACGGGCCGGUCGCAUGAUCCCGAGCACGGAACCUGCCCUGCGGGCAGAGUAUGGGGACACCUUGCUGGUGGCCUCGAUGGGUGCCUUACUUAAGCCGAAUGGCGACAUCCGUCCGCUGCACGACGGGACUCAUGGCAUUGGCUUGAACAAUCGUAUCAAAAUUCUCGAUCGCUUGGAAAUGCCGGGACCGGAUGAAAUCCUUGAGACGGUUGCUUUGGGGCAGGAAUCUAAAGAGGCAGUGUUUUGCAUUUCUGCAGAUAUCGCUCAGGCUCACCGCCUGACCAAAGUCCGCCGUGCCGAUUGGGCCAAGCUUGGAUGCAAGGCACGCAGUGAGGCGCGUACUGUUUGGGUAAAUACUGUCGGCACGUUUGGGAUUUCCUCUGCUGCCUAUCACUGGUCCCGCUUGUUCGGCUGUAUAGGCCGUUGGGUGCACAGGGUCAUGCUGACCGUUUGGCAGAUGCAAGUCGUGUUUGCGGAUGAUCUUCACCUCUUGACUGCUGGACAGCACAAAUUCCUCACGAUGUGGAUGUGCCUGGCUGCCUACGAGUUGGUUGGCACGCCGUUUGCCUAUCGUAAGUUCCGGGGCGGUACUGUUGUGGAUUUUGUGGGAUAUGAAAUCUCAUACUCUGAAUGGAGGGCUGGCAUCUCCGAGCGGAGGUGCUCGUGGCUGGUCAAGUGGAUUCUGGAAGCCGAGCAGGCUGACUGGAUCGUGGUGGGGCGGUCGGUGAUCGAGCUCGCUGGGCACAGCGGUUCGAAGCCUGUGUUGGUCUAUCUGUGCCUGAUCUUCGUGAGGCGUCAGCUGCAGGAUCGUGGACGCUUGGUGCGGCCUGUUGUAGACUGGCGGGCUUCUCGCCAGGCCUUUCGCGCCGAUGCCAAAUGUGCCCCGAAUCGUGUGGUCCUGGGUGGCUGGCUGUUGGGCAAGGAGGGAAUUCCCCGGAAGGCCCCGUGGUUCUCUCUUGCCCUUUCCCCGUCGGAGGCACCGUGGUUGUUUAAGCCGAAUGGAGAAUCACAGUGGGCCUCGACGGCUGCUGAGCUGCUUGCAUCGUAUGUCGCAUUGGUUGCUUUCGGGUUGCUGGAGGGUUCACGUGCCUUCGGGGAUACCUUUGAUGCUGUGCUGGUUGGUGGCACGGACAAUCAGGCGACUCCUCAGGCGCAGGCCCGGGGUUCUUCUGCCUCGUGGCCACUUCUUGGCAUCUUGAUGCAAGUCACUGCAACUCUGCAGCCGCAUGGAGCUCAGAUGAAGUUGGUCUGGCGGCCGCAUGAGACUAAUGUUGAGGCAGAUGAUUUGACUAACGAAAAUUUUGCCUUGUUUGACAGUGAGCAGAGGGUCAAGGUUAGCUGGGACGACAUUCCGAUGGAUUUUAUGCGAGAGCUUGCCGCUGCUCACGAGGAUUUCCUUGAAGCUAAGUCUUUGGCACGUGCAUCUGCAGGUCCUAAGAUGAAGAGUUCGAAGAAGCAAAAAUUGGCGGAGAGAACCUCGUGGUGA